AUUUGCAAGGUAAACUGCUACUGAGAACUGCAAUCAAGUAAGGCAGAAACAUACCAUCAUGAUGAAUUGCAGGAACAAUACUGAGCUUGAUCGAAAUAUCGUCACUUUUGAAUUAAUUCUCUACAUCCCGUUGUUCUUUCUUGGAGUUCUAUUUAAUACAGUUGCAUUGUGGGUGUUCUACUACAGACUGAGCAGAUGGACAGAGAGCAGAUUUUACAUGAUCAGCUUAGCUAUGGCUGACUACGCUACAGUGUUUACCUUACCGUUUAUUGUCGUUUUCCACUAUCAGGGACGGCAUGAAGAUGUCUUUUGCAGAGUCAUAGAGUCAAUCAAUUUUAUCAACAUACCAAUAAGCAUCUAUACUAUCACUUUCAUAGCAGUAGACAGAUACAUUGCAAUUAAGCAUCCCCUGAAAGCCAAAGUUCUAAGGUCUCCACAGAAAGCAGCCAUCAACUGUUUGUUUCUUUGGUUAUGUUCCUUGGCUUGGAUAAUCACGUUUCUUUCUUUGUCACCAGAAAAUAAACAAAAUUAUUGUUUUUAUAGACAAACUGAGAGAAAAAAUACUUACUUUCUGCUUGUAACUGUUGUCUUUUCACUCAUACCAAUGGUAAUACUGACAUUUUGUUCUACACAAAUCAUCAGAUGCCUCAAGGAGAAACAGAAUGCUAGUUUACAGGAAAAAAAGUUAACUCGGAAAGCAAUCUGUAUUGUUGCAGUGAACAUGGGCACAUUCAUUAUAUGUUUUCUGCCUUUCCAUAGCACCUUACUGGUUGCAUUUGUAAUAGAUGCAGCAGGAAAUGGAUGCUGGCUAUAUCAAGCUUUGAGCAAAACCAUUCAUGUGACUUCAUGCAUACAAAAUCUGAACUGUUGCUUGGAUGCUGUUUGCUAUUACUUUGUUGCCAAGGAGUUUCAGGAAGCUAUACCUUUUAAGUCAAAGCAAUCUAACUCAAAUGCAUCUCAAGAUUCACAGCUGCCUAGCAAACAUGGCAAGAUAAUUUCAGGAUGCAUGCAGCCUGAUUGUUGAAGCACUAUGUCCAAUCAAAGCUACUUGAAGCCUCAUCUUCAGAAUCUUAUGAAGAACUGGAUAGCCCAAUUUUGCCAAAACAAUAGGAUAAGGUCUUAAAUGCUAUACCUGUCGCUUCUAUGGAUCUUAAGCUGUGACUUAUUCAGCAAGAAAUCACGUACAGGGCAUACUGGACACCACAGCAUCUUUAUAGUAAAAGACUAAAUACAGUGUCUAAUUGUUGGCGCUGUAGUUUCCAGGAUGGGUCUCUUAAGCAUAUGCUCUGGCUAUGUCAAGUUUAUUCCAUCUUUGGGGGAGGAAGUUAUUACUCAUAUUAAUUUUGUAUUAGAAUACCCAUUGAUUUUUGAGGAUGUUUAUGUGCUUUUAAACUACCUACCUGUAUCCUGGGAUCUAACUGAUGGUCAACAAAAAACUGAUGGUCAACAUGCCUUUGCUGGAGCUAAAAGAUUUGUAUUACAACAUUGAGGAGACAAAUGCCCACCUCUCAAAGUUCAAUGGAUGGAGGACCUUACAACUUUAUUUGUAUUUGAAUGAUGGCAUAUAGAUGAACAGACUUAUUUUGAGCUAUCUGGAAACCUUUUUCUGUGUAUCUUUCUCACUAUUGUUGUCAUAUGUUUGUUUCUUUUGUGUAUGAGGCUUUUAGAAAUCUUUUAAAUAAAAUAUUUUUUAAAAUAAUAUUAGGAAGAAUAAAGCUCAACUGAAAGAUCACAAAUGAUAAAUUGAUCUGUGUGUGAAAUUCAAUUUAUAUCUUUUUAUUUGAUUAUGUCCCCCUCACCCCUUG